CGACACGGAACUGAGGGAGCGUCGCCGUCAGGACUGAAUGGCCGGGGCGGGUUUCCCAGUGCGGAGAAAGAUGUUAAAGGUCUGAGCUGCUGUUGGUGAUGAUCAGCUCUCUGAAGCACGUGGGCGACUCUGAGGGUCCGUGUGCGGUGGUGAAGCGUGUGUGCCGCAGGGGCUGCUGGGAGGACGGCACCGUGGAGGUGGAGUCAACAGAGGGCGCCAGCGUACAAGUGUCCGUGAUUGUUCCUGUGUACAAUGCUGCUGAGUGGCUGGAGGAGUGCCUACAGGCUGUUCUGGAUCAGGACUUUAAGGGCUCCAUGGAGCUCUCGGUUUAUGACGACUCCAGUACAGAUAACUCCAGAGAGAUUGUUGAGGGCUGGAGAGAAAAACUGGAGAAGAGAGGCAUUUCAGUGGUGAUAUCAGGCCAUAGCUCUGACAAACCUAGAGGAGUUGGAUUUGCCAAAAACCAGGCCGUGUCUCAGAGCUCUGGAGAAUGCCUGUGCUUCCAGGAUGCGGAUGAUGUCAUGAUGCCCCAGAGAGUCAGACUGCAGUAUGAGACCGCCGCCCUGCACCGUACGGCUAUUGUUGGUUGUCAGGUGUGUCGUGUUCCAGAAGGUUCCACAGAGCGAUACACACGGUGGAUCAACUCCCUCAGUCCAGAACAGCUCUAUACCCAGGUGUACACCUCACACGGCCCGACGGUCGUCAUGCCAACCUGGUUCUGCUCUCGGGACUGGUUCCUGAAAGUUGGCCCAUUUGAUGAAGGAGGGAAGGGGGUUCCAGAAGAUCUUCUUUUUUUCUAUCAGUCUCUCCGUCUGGGUGGCUCUGUGAUCAGAGUGGACGAGUGUUUGAUGGUCUAUCGUUACCACCAGAACGCCGCAACACACUCCGUACUGGAGGAAACCAUCUGGACUCUGCGAGUGGACUUCCUUCAGGAGCGAGUCCUCAACCAAUGGGAUUCCUUCACCAUAUGGAAUGCUGGGAAACAAGGACGGAAACUGUACCGCAGCUUAAAUCCAACCAAUCAGAAGAAGGUCAAAGCUUUCUGCGAUGUGGAUGAGAACAAGAUCAAGAAGGGCUUCUACACGUAUGAGGAGUCCAAGGAGAGACCAAAGCCUAAGAUUCCUGUACUGCACUUCAGAGAUGCGUCUCCUCCAUUUAUAGUGUGUGUUAAACUGGAUAUGACUGGUGGAGUGUUAGAGGAUAUUUUACUCUCUCUGAAGCUCACAGAGGGAAAGGACUAUUACCAUUUCAACUGAACCUGAGGGAUGGACAGAUCAGCAGAUGGAGCAAAGGAACGAAAGAGCGACUAAAUGAGUGGAGGAGAGGAGGGGUUUCGUCAUGGGAACCUUAUUGUCUCUUUCUCGGACAGUGUGCACUGAGAGUUUGAGAAAACUGCCGCAUCUGUUAAAUACCAAACCUCCAACACACACACACACACACACACACACACACACACACACACACACACAGUUUACACUCUGGCUGCAGCGUGUUGGCUAUUUGUUGUAAAUAUCUGACAUCAUGGUUCUUUUUAGGAAACGAUUCAAUGAAUCAUAAGAUUCAAAUUUCACUUCACUUAGAUUCAGUUUUCCAGUAUUUCUGUAUGGUUCAAAACUAUAUUCAUAAAUACACUGAACACACACACAGUGGUGCUGAAAAGUGUAUUAAGGAAUGGCAGCUAAGUGGAACUGUGGAUCUAGAGGGCCACGAGAACUCUUGGGUGCUCGUAUCCUGGCCAGAAAGGCAAAGCAAAACCCCCACAUCACAGCAAAGGACCUUCAGUAAGGCUGAGGUGACACAAGAGUGGUGAUGCACUGCUGUACUGUGCCGCAUUCUUUGCAUAUGAUCUGAAUGGAAGGGUCAUCAGUACAAACCUUUCCUGUGACCUCCUCAUAAAACUAUGUAACAUCUACAUAAACCAGAGGCAUUUUGGACUUUUGGGCAGUAUUUGAUGAAAGGAACGCCUUGCCAACUGUUAAGUAUGAGGUGGAUCUGUUACGCUUUGGGGUUGUGUGGCAGCCACUGGAGCACACAUUACUUUAAUUGACUGCUUCAGUUCAAGAACCUCUAGAAGGAUGAGUGCUAUCUCAGCUUAUUGACUAAUGCGAGUUAAAGGCACGCAAGCUUACAGUAGAUGGCCUCUUUCAGGUCCUGUAUGUAUGUAUGGAAAACCUGAUACCCUGAUACCUGAUACCCACCUAGGUGAAUAUUUUGACUCGCCUUACUAAGAGAACCAGAUUAAACAAAGGAG